AUGCAAAGGGCAGUGCAGUCGAGGAACUUUGCUACUCAAGAUGAUCAGGAUGUCGGAAACAGUGGGACAGCAGCUAGAGCUACAUGGUGCAUAGCUAAGCCAUCGGCAGAUGUUGAAAAGCUUUACCAGAAUAUUGAUUAUAGCUGCGGGCAAGCAGGAAUUGACUGUAGGGCCAUUCAGCCAGGUGGCAGUUGCUUCAGGCCAGACAAUGCAGUCUCGCAUGCUUCAGUUGCCAUGAACCUCUUUUACAAGGCCACUGGGAAGCACCCUUGGGACUGCCACUUUAAUGGCACUGGCUUAGUCGUUUUUCAGAACCCAUCUGUUGGCGGUUGUGAGUAUGCAGUGUGAGACGAGAGGAUCAUCUUCAUCGGUUGCUUUGUUUGUUUGCUGCUGUAAAUCUUUUUCUAGUUGUUAUUUUGACGAUUAUUGACUCUUGUCUAAACUCUAAUUUGCAUUUUCAGUAAUAAUAUUAAAUUAUUAAUCUACC